AUGGGACCAUUACCACCACCGCCACCACCUGGUUUUGUUCCACCACCACCAACUGGCCAUCCGCCACCAUAUCAGCCAUCCAGCGAACCAAGUAAGUUAUAUGAAAAAAUUUGAAGUAUUAAAAUGAUAAGAUCGUAAUCUUGUAGUGACCUUAAAUGCUAGAUAGUACCUGUAGGUAGUCUGGAAGCCAAGAAAGUAUAAAUAUGCAUAAAACGAUUUAACGAUUAAAAUCCAGGAUUAGGUAUCAUCGCUGCAUGGGGACUAUAAUGGUACUGGUAGCAUAUGGUAUAACGGUUUGGGUCGUCGUCCUAUAUAUUGACAGCUUCAUCUCCAUGUAGCAGCCUCUGAUAAUGACGUACCAUGUUGCUUCACAACUUGGAGAGUCAGCUAAGCAAACUUACCAAAUGGGUGGGUUCAAUUUGUUGAAUGACUCACAAAAUGAGGAUAAAGUUUUUUUUCAUGUUCUGUAUUGUAUUUGCGUAUAACAUAUUUCCUGGAUUCUAGAGAGUAAAAUGUUCAAAAGUGAAACCUAUCUAGGGCAAAAGUUCAAUUGAUCAUUGAUCAUAUACACGUAUGCAUAUUAUAUAUGUAUGUACUACAGCAUGCUAUUUGAAGUAUUUCAUAAAUAAUAUUAAAAUAUAUUCUUUAAUACGAUAAUUGAUUCUAAAUAUUAUCACUUUAGUCUGUGUAAAAUUGCAAUACAUUAAUUCAUCAACUUUUAUAGAAUUUCCAUGAUCUAAAUAAAUAGUUGUUCAAUAUUCAACAUCAAAAACAGUCGUGACUUUUGUCAUGAGAAAAUUUUUACAACAUUAAUAUUAAUCUCUAUAUUUUACGUUUUUAUAAAUCUGCUAUAUAUGUAUAUAUUAGUGAUUAUUGCUGUUAUAUCAAUUAAAAGGCUUACCUAAGAAUAUAUUUUUUGCAGGUACUGUUGUGUUAACUUCUAUGCAAUUUGGUUCACAACCGCAGUAUGUAAUAUGUCCCCAUUGUCGGACGCAUGGCCUGUCGACAGUUGAAACUGGACCAAAUGCAACAACUCAUGCUUUCGCAUUACUAUUGUGUAUUUUUGGGUAAUUAUAAUUUGCGAUUCAUUUUUGAUUUUUAAGAAGAAUAAAAUUUAAUUAUAUUUACAAUUAUUUCUAGACUUUGGUGUUGUGUUCCUUGUCCUUAUUGCAUGGACACUUGCUUGGCAAAGAAACAUUAUUGCAGUUCUUGCAAAGCAUAUUUAGGAGAAAGUAAAUAAUAUAAGCGUGCUAAUGUACUAAAGCUACUAAAGUAUUAUCAAAGCUAUUUUCUUAUAAUAUAUAUGUAUUAUAAUACAUAUUAUUGUGAUUUUCUAUAAGAUGUAAACAAUAUUUUAUAUAUAUUUACAUAUUUAUAUAUAUUUAUAUAUAUAUAAUUAAUAGAUGAGUAA